AUGACAUUGUAUGUGCUAAAUUUGAUUAAUGAAAUUGUGCAGAAGUCAGACUUGAUUAGACGUCGUAGGGCGGUGACGACUACACCGAGUUCGGAGCCCCUGGCUCAGCCAGUAUCAGCUGCCACUGCUCCAGCACUGAUGGAGCAGGACCACGUGCUAGCUGGUCCUGGGGGAUCCCAGGCGGCUGCAUCAUCAUCUUCUUCGGUGGUGCAGCCUCUUAGCGCUAGGCGGCGACACCGGCCCGCUACCACCACCGACACCACAUCGACUGACAGUACUGGUGCCUCGGGGGCACCUCCAGCCAAGAGGAACACCCGAGGGCCGUGUCGGCAGCUGAAGACGGCGAAGGUCACCCGGGUGACCAACAGUCGUAUCGGCAUUGGAUAUGACGAGCGCCAUCGGGCUGCACCGACGGCGGACUUGCAUAGCUCCUUGGCCCACGACAUUGGCCACAUCGUUCGGACCCAUUGCCCGAUGCAAUGGAAGUCUUGGAAGGUCAUGCCUGACGAGAUCAAGAUGCAAGUUCGCGGCCAGUUGUCGACGAACUACCACUUAGAGGACCUCAACGAGGAGACCUUGUCGUACGUCAACAGACUCUUCGGUGAGAGGUACAAGCAGUGGAAGAGCGACUUGCACCACCAUUUUCAGGCGUUUGAUGAUCCGCAAGUCGCUCUUCAGGAAGGUUGCCCGAAGGAGCUUGAGGGGCGGGAGGAUAGUUGGGCGUGGCUUUGCGCUCAUUUUCAGGCGCCCGAUUAUGUGAAUAAAGCCCAAGUGAAUAAGGGCAAUAGGAAGAAGAAGACUCUUCUCCACCAUUCCGGCUCCAGGCCCUUCUCAUAUAGGAUGGAUGCACGGCGUCGGACGACGAUGGUGGAGAGGAGCCAGUUGGUUCUUCAAGAGUCCGCCUCCCAACUUCCUCCCGAGAAUCCGAUCGAGUCUGUGGAUCCUCCGCAUGAUGCUGGAUUUCAAAUUUUGACGCAGACGUUGGAUCAGACUCUCGGGAGGAGGCUGGGAACGUAUUGUAGGGGGAUGGGGAAUGCCCGACAGAGGGAACCUCGACCGCGGUCAUCGUCGCAGGCAAACAGUCAGGUGACUGUUUUGACAUCGCGGGUUGCCGAGCUUGAGGGUCAGAUGUCGGUGAUUCUGCAAUCCCUCGCGCGGUCCGGCAUUCCAAUCCCGAAUUUUGGUGCGUCGACCUCCGAGCCCGUCCACCCCGAGCAUCCCCAGCACACCACGGCCCCUGCAGACGCCCAUACCUCCGAGCCGCAUGUGGCAGAUGACCAAGUAGAUUUUGGAACAUUAUUUGAUUAG